AUGGCGGCGAUUGGUGCGGCGCUGCCGUCGAGCUCAGUCCUCUGCGGGAAUCUGAGAAAGCAAAGGCGAUUCCAGCUGCUUCUGGCCGCCGAUCGAGGGCCGCCGUCUCGUCACUGGCUGCUACGACCACCGCGGAUCACCAUUGGCGACGCAGCAGCUCUUCCCCUUGCCUCCAUCUCUCCGGCCUCCGGCGGGAAUCUAUCAGUUCUCAUCCCCAUCAGGUUUGAACAACUCUCCGCCCUUACCUAUACUUGCGGCGAUUAUUCGAUGAGAAAUACAGCGAGGGGAGGGGGGAGGAGAGAGAGAGAGAGAGAGAGAGAGAGAGAGAGAGAGAGAGAGAGAGAGAGAGAGAGAGAGAGGGAGGGAGGGAGGGAGGGAGAGUCUUAACUGGUUCGAGGGUAUUCAUUUGUGCGGAUCUGUGCAGCUAAGUCUGCGAGGAAUGUGAAGAACAAAGUUCGAUGGAUUGAUUGGGAAAUACGGAGAGACAGACGAGUGGAGAGAGAGAGAGAUCCUUGAGCUGAUUGCUGGCGUUUUUUGUUUACAGCAUUGUGCUGCUUGUCUUCUACUGGGUGGCCAAUUUCGUUGUGCCCGACAUGGUGGCCAGGGAUCUACAGCAGCAGGAUGAGCUCUCGAGAGACCAGGUGCCAGAAGAGACGAAUGACGAGGCAGAUGAGAAGCUCUCCGUCACAACCCCUAACUUCCCUGCUCGAUCAACUUUGCCCAGAGUUAUCAAAAGAUCCAGACGAUGA